GAUUUUUUUUACUCUAAAUGUAAACGCUGUUUUCUCUGAAAUUGCAGAUUUUCCUUGAUCUUCUUUAGUUUGUACACCUUGUAAUAUAAAAGGGUUAUUUGUGGCAAUCAAUUUUUCCAUAGUGAAAUUCUUGCUCAUAAAUCACUAUCCUUUCUCUUCUUCUUUCUGGGUUGUGUUCUUGCUCAAUAACUCUUUUUUAAGAAAUAAGGCACAAUGCGUGCACCAUCAUUGCUUUCACAGUGUUUACCUGGCUGGUUGCCUCAUGACCGAGCCAGUCACAGCAUCACCAAUGUCUCAGAUAGAGAUGUGCAUCUCCCUUCUCAUGCAGUUGAGAUUCUCCCCUCAAAGAUGGCGCACCCUUAUAAGUAUGCUGAGGAUAAUGUAGAAAUGCAAGGGCUUAAUGUGUUCAAGGGAAGAAUUAGUGUUGCUGAUAUUAUUGGGUUCACUGGUUCUGAAAUGAUAUCUGCAAAGCCUGAUGGGUCUGUGAAAUCUUGGGACAACUCUAUUGAUCUUGUAAAUGUCCUUAAGCAUGAGAUUCGCGAUGGACAACUGAGUUUUAGAGGCAAGAGGGUACUUGAGCUUGGUUGUGGCUAUGGUCUCCCAGGAAUUUUUGCUUGCCUCAAGGGAGCUUGUGUGGUUCACUUCCAAGACCUGAAUGCAGAAACCAUAAGGUGCACAACUAUACCAAAUGUCCUUGCUAAUCUUGAGCAAGCUCGGGACAGCCAGAGCCGACAGCCAGAGAGCCCUCUUACUCCAUCAAGAUAUCCUCUUUCCCCAUCAGUGCAUUUCUAUGCUGGAGACUGGGAAGAACUUCCAUCAGUCUUAUCUGUUGUGAGGAAUGAUGCCUUUGAAGUGACAACAGGGAUGAGCCUGAGCUUCUCUGAGGAGGAUUUCAUGGAUGGAUGUAGUAGCGUUGAUGGUAGCAUCAUAGUUCAGGAAACUUCCUCAAGGCGAUCAAGAAAGCUUUCUGGAAGCCGUGCAUGGGAGAGGGCUAGUGAGAUAGAUCAUGGUGAAGGCGGGUAUGAUGUUAUUCUGAUGACAGAUAUCCCCUACUCAGUGACCUCUUUGAAGAAGCUAUAUGCUCUCAUUAAAAAGUGCUUGAGGCCCCCAUAUGGAGUAUUAUACUUGGCAACAAAGAGAAAUUAUGUUGGUUUCAAUAAUGGAGCAAGACACCUGAAAGGUCUGGUAGAUGAAGAGGGCAUUUUUGGAGCCCAUUUAGUGAAGGAGAUGACUGAGAGAGAUGUUUGGAAGUUCUUUCUCAAGUGAACAUCAACUUCAGAAUUACAGAUUCUAUUUUGCUCUAAAUACUGUAUUUGUAUAUUACAGAUCACAAGCGUCCUAAUUUUUUUUAAUUUUCUUGCAUAAUAAUGGAAUCAGAAUUUAAAUGUUUACCCAGUAGGCAUCUAAUUUUGCUGCCUUGUGUAAUUCUUUUUUUCUUUUAAAAGGAAAAAAAAAAUCUUUGUAAGAGUCUGUACAUUUUUGUUUGUAAAUCAAAACUUUCAGUAAAUCUAAGGUUCAAAUCAUGUUGUUUGUA